AACCAACCCACAGGAAAAACUCAUUUAUAAACUACAUAUCAUAACACGUGUGUAUACAUAUUAUAUGCAGAGCCCCAAAUUGCAUUAUAUAUAACACUCGCAAUCUCUCCCAUUUCCUUCCAUAUAUACUACUAAAAUUCCACAUCUAAGAUCAAGAAAUGGCUUUCGUGAUAUCAUCUAAUAAGAACCAGGAAGUGAAGAACCUCUCAUCAGUCUCAGAUGGUAGAGACACAAACUCUGUUACAAGCUACCUCUACUUGAAAUCAUCAUCAGCUCAUAGUACCUCAGAGCCUCUGGACAAAGAUGUAGUCCUCCGGCGAAUUCGACACCACAAGUGCUUAAACAAGAUCCGAAGCCCUUUCCAAGCUCUCCUCAGCAGCUCUUUUUCCUGCUCGGGACAGGCUGAUAUGGUUGCAGCCCACCAGCAGAGGUGGCUGGAACAGGAUGAUGCUUUCUCUGCUCCUUAACUUAAAAGUACUGCUGUAAUUGGCUAAGAUCAAGGGCUGGUCUCGUGGAUGAGUUACUCCACUACCAAGCAUGAUUUCUGGGUUGGAGCAUUACCGCUGCGUUAUGCAGUUUCCCAUUUUCCUAUUUCUCCUACCGAUUGUAAAUAAAUAAAAAUAAAAAAAUGUUGAACUGGCUGCUCUGCUGGUGGUGAACACGAGACCUUACCACCAGCCAGCAGGGUCUGAUGCUAUGUAUGAAUUAUGAGAUGGAUAUAUACUGAUUAUUCUCUUCUA